AUGCCGAAAACGAUGGCUUCCAAGAAGAUUCAAACUGUUCCCGUGACGAGAGGCGAAAGCGUGAGCGCCUCCUUCUCAAGAGGAGAUUCUGCAGGGGUCGUCACCCGGAGUAAGGCCAAGGCGAUAUCCGCAACUAAACAUGUCACUUCCAUACCGACUCAAGCCAAGGCGAAAUAUGUGAACUGA